AUGACUAACCCAAAACCAAAGAGGCAAUUUAUUGGGGCUUACAUCGUAAGUAUAAUAACUAAUCGAUUUGUCACCGUUUACAGGUACACAAUCAUGAUCGCAGCGGUGGUUGUUGCAUUGGCAUCUCUGGUCAACUCCGUUCCGGCCACCUCCACCCAGACAACCGAAUCCGACCCGAUGUCGGCCGCGGCCACAUUCAUACACAACAAACACGUCAAGUCAGGGAACCGUCAAAUGGCUAGUAACGGACAGUCGAGCAGCUUGGUGGGCAGCUUGGUCGGCAAAGUGUUCGGUCACCUCAAGUCGUUGGGUCUGAAAAAACUCAUCAAGAUAACUUUGGUGGGCGGUGCGAUGCUCUUGGUUGGAGUUGUGGCCGCGGCAGGCGCCGCUAGUAUCUCCGUCGUCUCGACGUUGGUGGGCGCCGUGCUCUCGUACUUCCGGUCGUUCUUCGGCGGACACAGGGCCAAGACAUCUGACUUCGAGAUUGACGGCAUCAGCGAAUUCGUUUUGGGCGCAUUCAACAAGUACGACAGCCUACACAAAGCCUGAUGACGUGACUCGGUGCUAUAAUAAUCGUUC